UCAUCUAGGUCUCUGGACAAAAUGGGGAAUGGAUUAGUGAAACCCAAGCACCUGAGGCAGCCAAAUAGGCAUGUGGCAAACCUUGCUAUUGGCUGUGCUGCCAGCCACAAGUUUCUGAUGGACCCAUGCCUAGGCAUCAAUGUGAUCAAUGGGCAAGCUGAUGUCCUCUGCAGCAAGGUACUUGAACUGGAAAAGGAGCUGAAGAGAAAAGAUCAGCAGCUGCAAGAGAGUCAAAGCCAUGUUGCUGAGCUUCAGAAACAGCUGGCUAUGCAGACUAAGGUCAUAGCAGAACUCACCAAGGAGCUGCAGAGCAAGUGUAUACAGUUGAACAAGCUGCAGGAUGUUGUCAGCACUCAAGGAGAGCACUCUUUUCAGCCUUCUCCAUUUAAAGUUGCUGCUGAUAGGAGGAGAGGAGCCAAGGAAGGUGUGUCUGCAGAGCCAACAACAAGGCUGUGUGAUUUGAACAGGCAAACAAUGUUUUCCCUUGAAAAAGCAACAGUCCGAAAGGAUUCCAGUGAGAAGAAGCUUAUCACAGAUGCCCUGAAUAAAAACCAGUUCCUGAAGAGACUGGAGCCUCACCAGACACGGGACAUGGUGGAAUGCAUGUAUGAGAGGACCUUCCAGCAGGGGAGCUACGUCAUCAGGCAGGGAGAGCCGGGAAAUCACAUUUUUGUGCUCAAAGAGGGCAGUCUGGAAGUCUUUCAGCAGAAUAAACUACUCUCCUCAAUACCUGUGUGGACAGCAUUUGGUGAACUGGCCAUUUUAUACAACUGCACACGGACAGCUUCUGUGAAAGCAAUCACUAAUGUUAAAACCUGGGCACUGGACAGAGAAGUGUUUCAAAAUAUCAUGAGAGUGACAGCACAAACCAGACAGGAGCAAUACAGAAACUUCCUUAGAAGUGUGUCCCUGCUGAAAAACUUACCUGAAGAUAAAUUAACCAAGAUCAUGGACUGUCUGGAAGUGGAGUAUUAUGACAAGGGAGAUUACGUUAUUCGGGAAGGAGAAGAAGGAAACACCUUCUUUAUAAUAGCAAAAGGAAAGGUGAUAGUUACCCAGAGCACUACAGACCACUCACAGCCUCAGGUGAUUAAAAAUCUACACAAAGGAGAUUACUUUGGAGAAAAGGCUCUCAUUAGUGACGACGUCAGGUCAGCAAACGUUAUUGCAGACGAGAACAACGUGGAGUGCCUCGUUAUAGACAGAGAGACGUUUAAUCAAACAGUUGGAACUUAUGAGGAGCUGCAAACUUACCUGGAAGGUUAUGUGGCUAAUCUGGCCCAAGCUGAUGAAAAGAGACAUGCAAAAGGAAGAUCCUUCUGUGGACAGUUGACCAAAGAAGUGUCUUUGGAGAUGAUAGAGCUGAAGGAGAAAGUAGCCCAGUUCCCUCCUGCCCCAUUCCAGAAUUUAGAAGUUGUCACAACUCUGGGUGUUGGUGGGUUCGGAAGGGUUGAGCUUGUUAAAGUUAAAAAUGAGAACAUGGCUUUUGCUAUGAAAUGCAUAAAGAAGAAACACGUAGUGGACACCAAACAGCAAGAGCAUAUUUAUUCUGAGAAGAAAAUCCUCGAGCAGAUAUGUUCUCCAUUCGUUGUAAAGCUGUAUCGCACAUUCAAGGAUAACAAAUACGUGUACAUGCUCCUGGAGGCUUGCCUUGGAGGGGAACUGUGGAGCUUGCUGAGAGACAGAGGCAGCUUUGAUGAAUUCACCACCAAGUUUUGUGUUGGGUGUGUGACAGAGGCUUUUGACUAUCUGCAUCAAAUUGGAAUUAUCUACAGAGACCUGAAGCCAGAAAAUUUAAUUUUGGAUGCUGAAGGAUAUAUAAAAUUGGUUGAUUUUGGAUUUGCAAAGAAGAUUGGAUCAGGGCAGAAAACCUGGACGUUUUGUGGAACCCCUGAGUAUGUUGCCCCUGAAGUCAUUCUGAGUAAAGGCCAUGAUUUCAGCGUGGACUUUUGGUCCCUUGGGAUUCUUGUGUAUGAACUCCUCACUGGCAGCCCACCGUUUUCUGGGGCUGAUCAAAUGAUGACAUAUAAUUUGAUUCUCAAAGGCAUUGAAAAGCUGGAUUUUCCUAAAAUAAUAACAAGGCGACCUGAGGAUUUGAUCCGCAGACUCUGCAGGCAAAACCCAACAGAAAGAUUAGGCAAUUUGAGGAAUGGAAUAAAUGACAUCAAGAAACAUAGGUGGUUGAGUGGUUUUAACUGGGAUAGUCUGAAAGUGAGGAAAUUAACGUCGCCUUUGAAAAGAGAGCUGUCUGGACCGACUGAUUACAGCUACUUUGACAGCUAUCCACCUGAAGUGGGAAGCCCUCCAGAUGAACUUUCAGGCUGGGACAAGGAUUUCUGAUCAUUUUUCCUUCUGGAACAUUUUUAGUGACUCAUAGGCCUCAGUUCUAUCUUG